AUGUUAGACCAUAUCCGCUUCGCUAUCAACGGAGUGUUGGGUGUUGUCCAAGCAGCGACCAUUUCAAGUGUUCUUAGCAAGGCUUUGACUGAAGAGGAAAAACAAUCAUAUUUCAAUUGCUUGAUGGAGUGCAAGCGUCUUGAGAUUGUUGCUAUAAAACGUCUUGGUGGUGACGUCGAUGAUGGCAGCUCCGACUAG